AUGAGUUUUCAUUACACAAACUAUUAAUCUAUUUAAGUAAAUAAAGAUCGAAUUGAUACAUAAAGAGAACUGGAUCAUUAAUUUACUAGAGUAGCAGCUAGAAAAAAUAGUAUGGCCAUAAAAACAAAAAGUAUAGGUCAAAGAAUUUUAAAUUUUGUUGGCAAAUAGAUGUCUGUCGAUUAUUAAGAGCGAUUAGUUUUAAAAAGUUUAUAAGCAUAAAAUGUAAAUGCUAAGAAAUUUAUUGAAAUCCUUUUAAAGCAAAAACAUAAUCUUAAAAAUUUAAAACAUAAACAUUUAUAAAUCAUUAAUGAUAAAGCCUUAGGAAAUAUUGAUAAAAUAUCAACAUAAUCAAGUUUUAAAAUCUUUAUAGAUAAAUUGUUAAAAAAAAGACUUUUGAGAAUUUUUAAACCAAUUGUAGAAUGUUUCAGUCAUUGUAUAAUUGCAAUUCCUUUAUUGUAUCCAGAAAACAGAAGAAUUAUUCUUUGGGAUAUUAUUGCAAUUUUAUCGAAACUAUAUUUUCUGUAUUUAAUUCCUUUAGAAUUGGCUUGGACAAAUCAAUCAUUAAUGUUUAAUCGUUAUUACACAUCCACUAUAGUGAUGCUAAUUAUAUUAUUCAUUGAUUUCUUAAUUGGACUAAAUACUGCUUAUUAUAAUGCAGGAUCACUUAUUAUUGAUAGGUUGGAAAUCUUUAAACAUUAAAUUAGAAAGUCCUAUGGUUUGGAAUGGAUUUCUACUUUAAUAUUAGCUGCUAUUUUUAUAGUAUUUAAAUCUCUUGAAAUUACUACAAUUAAUGUGACUUAAAAUCCUAGUUAUUUAAUUUUACUGACAGUAUUAUCACAUUAAACAAGCGUACAUUAUAAAGCUAGUGAAUAUGAAUUAGCUUUGAAUUUAUCCAAGAAAGCCUCAAGUUACUUAGAAUUAUUAAAAUUUUUGUUAUUAUUAUUUUAUGUCAUUCACUUGUUUUCUUGCUUAUGGUUCUGGGUAUUUUUACAUUUUUAAAUUAGGUUGGUAAUUAUAGUCGAGAGAAUUAUUAAUUGAACUGGUUAGAUUCUUUAAAAGAUAUUCCAAUUUUGGAUUGGACAGAUGAAUACUUAUAAUCAUUUUAUUAUACUUGUGUAACAAUGUUUACAAUAGGAUAUGGAGAUAUUGCUCCAUAAAGUGGAUUAGAAAAAUCAAUUUGCAUCUUUCUUAUUUUAAUAUCAAGUAUUCAAUUGCCCUAUUCUAUAAAUACGGUUGGUUCAAUAAUUGAGAAAAUAACAGAUUAUGGAGAGGACACAAAAAAUAAGUUAAGAACCAUUAAUAGCUAUAUGAAUAAAAAAAAAGUGCCAUAUUAUUUGUAGAAUUAAAUUAGAUAAUAUUUAAAUCAUUAUUGGGAAUCAAUAGAAGGUUAGGAUACUGAAGAAGAAAAAGUGAUUAUUUCUUAAUUAUCAGAAAAUCUAAGAGAAUAAUUAAUUAUACAAGCUAAUAGUCAAAUAUUUUCUAAGGUACCUCUAUUAUAAAAGAACUUUAGCAUUUAAUUUCAACAGAAUUUAUUAAAGAAAAUUAAUUCCUUAUAACUUUAACCUGAAUAAAUAAUUGAUCUUGAUAACAGUGAUAUUAAAUUUUAUUUUGUCGACGAAGGUGAAAUAGAUGUUUUAAUGGAAUCAGGCCAAAUAAUAUAAAAAGCAAAAAAAGAUGAUGUCUUUGGAUUAAAAAACUUAUUUAUAGGAAAUAUUAUUAAAAAUAAGAAACUAAAAAGUGUAGGAUUUACUAAACUAUUAGUAUUAUCUAGAAAUGACUUUUUGUAGGAGCUAAAAGAUUUUCCAAAUGAUUACGAAAAGUUUUGCCAUAUCAAAGAUGAUUUAAUAUAUAAUUACAAAUCUUCUUAUAUUCACAGACUAUGUGAAUCUUGCUCAUCUUAAGCACAUGAAAUAAAUCUUUGCCCUUUGCUUCAUUUUAUUCCUUAAAAAGAUCUUAUCAUAAAGCGAUAUUAAUAUGCUUUGUUUUAAUAAAGAAAAGUAUUUUGCAGAAGACCCUUUAAGUCUUAGAGAUUGGAAAAUGAUUAAAUAGACAAUUUAGAUUUUAAUGAAAUCAAAUAAUAAUUUAUAAAGAAAUAUCACCUUCCUCAGUAAUAAUAAACUACCAGUAAUAACAUUAAUACUAUGUCAUUCUAAAAUGGAACCCCAGAAGAUUUUAAAGAAUCAAAAGAAUCAAAAAUAGAAUAUUAAUUGAGUUCUACAGCAUAAGUCAGUUUAAAAAGAGAUUCAAUGUUGGCAUUAUCAUAGAUUCCAGGAGAUCAUAUAGAAUAAAUAAAAAGAACUAUAAAUAAUCAUAAUCGACUAAGAACUAAUAAACAAAUUAACAAUAAGCAAAUAGAUUAUUAAUUAGAUGGAAUGGGGAUAUUAAAAUAGAAUAGUCUUGCUUCAAGAAGAUAAUCCCAAGGAUUAAACAUAUUAAAUAUUUAUUAAUUAGGUUUGAAUAAUUAAAACAAUAAUAAUAAUUUUAAAUAAAACUAUGCUUAAGAAUUACUUACUAGUUCUAUCAAUGAAAUAAAUUUAGAUGAUGAAUUAAAAUAGAGAUAUGAAAACUUAAAAUUAAUAAAAAGUAUGAAUACUUUUGAUAAGGAAUCUAUUGAAUUAUUAUAUUUUAAAUAGCAAAAUCUCUAAAAGUAUAUGAAAAAAGGAUUAACAGAAUUUGAAGUAAGCAAAAUCUUUCAUGAUUAUUAUCCUUAACAUAAUGUUGAUAGAUAAUUAAGAAGAAUUAAUAAAAAUAACAAUUUUUAACUAUAAGAUCUGAUUAAAAAAUAUAUUUCAUAUUUACAAUAUCCUGCAGAGUUUAUUAAGACUUAUAAUGUGUCACAUUCUUAUAAAUAUGGUGGCAUAAGAAUUACAGAGGAGGAAAAUGUUUGA